GAAGAUAUCAAGAACAUCCUAAAACAACCCUACACUAUUGCCAGUGCUAAGGAUAUGUUUUGCAACAAGGCACUGCUGACUAGCAGAAUAUGGAACAAUGCAAAUAUCAGAGAUCUAUCACCUCAGGAGUUCCAGUGUCAGAACUUUGAACAGUAUUUGUUUUUUUCCGUUCCCAAACCACUGCCGCGUGUGAAUAGUGAAAAACGAAUGAUGAUAUACAAGUCCUCAGCCCCUACAACAAGUCAGUUAACGAACUGCCUGAGAGCAUUUUUAAUCAAGGCCUUCCCACCAAUCGCAGUAUGCUGUGCUGCGGCGAAAGAUUUUAAUAGCUUAACGUUUCCUGGUGAUGUCCUGCCACAGUUCAGUAGUACAUGUCACAACUCUGUGAGGAGUAGAAACCGAUUCUCAAUACAGUGUGUGGUGUGCCCUCUGUACCAAGAUAAAUGUACAAGACAAGGCGUGUUUUCGAAAUUAUCGUGUAGUGGAGAUCUAGAUGGAAUCUCUCAGACCAUAGUGCAUCAUAAAUCCCAGCUGCACCAAUCAGCGUUAGCGUACUUCAGUGGCUCUUCCACAACUGUUACAACAGCACAAUCAAGCCCCAGUGGCAAAGAAACACGCCAGAAAACGAUUUUCCAGGCCCUGAAAGUGGAUGAACCCAAUACUAAGGUUACAAAUUGUCUUGGCUUCUUUGAAAACCAAGAAAUAGUAGAAUCCCUCAAAGACAGUGCAGGCAUAAGACGUAUGACAGCCAAGAGCUUGUUUAUUCGACAAAGAAGCCAGGGAAAAUUCCACUGCUUUUCCCAAGCUGGACAUGAAAAGUGUGUCAACUGGGCGGGAUGGAAAGAAAGGCAUCCUGAGGAAGCGGAACAGUUGAGGAACAGCAGAUCAAGUAGGGCAGCAUAUAUAACAGUUAACAAAAAAGUUUAUCUGGAUGGAAAAAGCAUUUUCAUCAAUGCAGCAAUCAAGAGCCUAGAUCCUCUAUGUUUAGGUAAACCAAGUGGAAAUAUCAACCAUCCGUUCACCUGUGAUAACUGCUACAAACUCAGGCAUUACCUGAUCGAUCUGCAAAAAAAAAGGUCUCAAGCAAAACUGAAAGUGGAGGAAGAAGGAAGAGUUGGAAAAAGAGGUUUUCGCUUAGAUUACGCAACGCAGACAGAGGUAAAGGAAAAACUGAAUCUUCUUACCUCGCAGAAAAAGAAGUUGGAGGAAACGAUCGUAAAGAUAAAUCCAAAACGAGACGAGCUCAGCUGGGAGGAAAUGCUACAUAACAGCUGUAAGCAUGAUUAUCAAGAAAAGUUAAUUGUCGACCUUCUUGCACUGUUUAGAGAGGACAUAGACACAAAGAAACCAAUACAAGUCACAGUUCUAACCAACCUUGUGGGAAAAUUAAAAGGAAAUGUCAACCACAAGUACGUUCCACUUAUAAAGAUGAUUGCCAAAUUGCACAAAACAAGACUUGGAGAGACAAACUUCGAUUUAAUGAGUGUAAGUAUGUUAGUUCUGUACAGAAUUUCACCCAAUCGCAUAUUAAGCUGACGUUGCACAUCCUUAAUUUAAGUCCCUGGCCCCGGUUGUUCAAACGUUGGAUAGCGCUAUCCAGCGGAUAAAUCACUAACCAAUUGCACUAUCCACUGGAUAGAGAUUUAUUCACCGGAUAGUGCUAUCCACCUUUUGAACAACUGGGGCCUGAUGGAUAUAAUCGAAACAAAUUUAUUUGGUAGGGAAACCCGUCUCAGUUAUCAGUACUUCGCUGCGUCUAUACCCGUCGCUGAACCGUUAAUUCCAGCUUUUACCUGACAUUUGAUUGUGAAUGAAUGAAUUAACAAUUUUAAAGAGAAGAGCUCAAAAGUGUUUUUGAACCAAAACGAACACUCCACGGAGAGUGGUGCGGGUUUCCUGUUAAAAGAUGUACGAAUUUGCAGAAUUUGCAGAAUUUGCAUGAAACAGUCAUAUAUUAUUCUUUUUCUUCUUCUUUUUUCAGAGUGUCUUUGGCCUUCCAUGUAGCACUACCUGUGACAAUUACAUGCUCAAAAAAAAACUCCAGCCAGGCUUUAACGUUGAUAUUAUACAACAAGCAGCUUCUCUUUACAAUGGUGCGCCAGUGAUCGAAGCUAGUGACGAAGCACGUGCACUCCGGUACAUUUCCUUUAUUUUUUUUACCGUGAUUUGAAUAGCUUAAUCAUAUAAUGGGAUCUCUAGGUUUAAAAACCUUAACAGGGUGAAACGUGAAUAUGAUUUUCAUCACGUACUGGAUUAGAUAACAAUCAUCGAUCAAUAUAAAGUAUAGGCUUAAAUUGCAUUGUCUCAUUCAAUGAGUAACUAUGCUAAUGUAUCUCUAUGCAGGGAUGGUAAAAUUUAACUCAAGGAUCAAUGACUUUGCCUUGUUUUUUCCCUGCUGUUCUUCCGAAUUUGUUCAUAUUAAGGGGUUUGAAACACAGCGUGACGAAAUCACAAAAUAAUGACGUUGCUCUAAAAAUCUUAUUCGGAUUUCGUACCCACGUCUUGCACCUUUGAGCACAAAUGACUCCCCAUUUUUAGGGCAAAGGCAAUAUGCUUAAGUAGUAAAUGCAGUUAUAUAUUUUGUUAUUUAAGAAGCUGUACAUGUAUCUCUCCGUAGUAUGAAGCAAUACUAUUAUGUACUUAAGUCAAUGUGUACAACAUGACCACAUUUUUUAAAGUAUUCGUAAAACUGAUAAGUUACUGUUUCUCUUUUUUACAGGUUUCUUCAGCCCUUUCAAAAUGAAGACGGGGAAGUCGUGUUAAUUGGUAAAUGCUGGAAUGCUGAUGUUGACAAGUGGGACAAUGAGCUUCUUAGAAUACCAAAGAAAGAUGAGACAAAAGGUAAUUACGUAGUAAGCUUCAUUUUUAGAUCCAGUUGUGCGGAGGAAUUUUUGAUACCUGUGUUUGGGUACUGUAUUUUCAAAGUUGUUGUCUGCAAAUAGCAAACAAAUUUUUAAAUCUUUUUAAAUAAAACUGACAUGCUUUUGCAUUAAUAAGUAAUAACCUUUUCUUUGAAGGUGACAAAGAUGACUUUGCAGCCCUGAAGAGGAUGACGGAAGAAAUUAUUUCCAGCAAGCAGCUAGCUUUCCAAGUUGCUAUACACAACUUGUGCAACAUGUCCGGAGGAAAAUCUCUGCCUCUUGUAUACCUUAUGUGGCCAACACCAAACAAAGGAUACAGUGGCCCCCAUCUUCUGAAAAUAUGGAGUAAAGUAAGAGAAGUCUGUGCAGCAAACAAUGUUAACCUUAUUGGUCACUCUGUCGACUCAGCCGGUUUUUCCCUCUCAGCAUCGGUUCAGCUCAUGACACCGACAAAAUCUGCAGUUGCUGAAGGUAUAAAAUACUUAGGCCUGGGAGUUCCAGAAGAAAAAUUUCUUUCGCCUUAUUUUUGGAAACUCCCAGCAAUAGCCUACGGUGAUUACGACCAUUUGAGAAGAACAUUUCUGCGUGUACUUAAAUAUAACACUCGAAACCUCACAUUCUACAAAGAUUCACGAGGAAGUGUUGUAGCCACAAUCAGUCACCUUCGUGAGCUCAUGCGCGUAUGUAGCCAGAUAGGUCAAAGUUUACCAUUUUCAGCCAACGACCUUCUCCUUAUAAGUUUCUUUGAUCAGCGACCAGACACAGCUAAUAGAAUCUUCACUCUCAAGGUUGCCGAAAUGCUACACAAAUACGUCAAGGGGUCGGAGGGAACUUGCCUCUUUAUUACUGCUGUACACUUCCUAACUGAACCUUUCUUCAAUGCAAGCUACGGGUCUCCAGAAGAUAUCCAAAAGGCUCUUUCCACUGGAAUUACCAUCUUACGACUCUGGAAGAGAUACCUAGAGAUUAAGAAAAUGAGACUCCAUUCUCAAACAAAUGCAGCUAAAAUCAAGGAAAGGCGAGGAAAUUUUAUCACAUACGGAGCUUACACGACAUCAGAACUACUCUUCUCUGCUGGCACCCUACACUCCUUGGCAAUGUAUUUACAUUUCAAGCAUUUGGGGCCUGACGUAUAUUCGCCACAAAGGUCCGGAACAAUUGCUACAGAGAAGAUCAUUGGACAGCUGCAGGGGAAAACCAAUCAAAUCCAGUCUCUAGACACGUCACCCACUUAUGCUGAUAUGAUCAACAAGACCAAAGAUCUAUCGUUCGUCACAGAAGCCCUGUCCGAGUUAUCAACAUAUGAAGGAGUAAAAAUGCCUGCAACAAGCAACAGGAAAUUGUCCCACUUCCAAGCCCAGCAAAGGAACGACACUCCGUAUAAGUACCCAUGUACCUACAAGGAGUUUUUACUCAGACAACGUUCAAUGCACAGGGCUGAUGUACAUCAGGCCCAGGAGUUCGUGCAAAAAUAUCUGCCGCAAGAGUUUGAGAGUACGUUGUCAGUAAAUGAUUUUUGGGACUUGCCUUACACUUUUACAAAACCGGCAGGAACAGUUAUCGUAUCAGAUCAACCACCAUCUUAUAAUAAGUUGAAAUUUGUCGAAGAUGUGAAUUUCCUAAACAGCGUAGCAAAUGAGGUAGCCAUGGAAAACCUACUUGAGGAAAGUGAGGAACGCGACUUUUUAAAGCAUUCUACACAACUUGACGAAAUCUACGAUGACCAGGAAAUGAAUUUCUCCACGACCGACAUAGUAGAAUCAGAUGAAGACGACGGACGCAAUUCUGAAACAUCUAAUAGCAGAAAAUCAAAAUGGUACAUCGAGAAGGAUGGUUCUCUAAUCCAUAUUAAGAGGGCUUUGAAGUUGUUGAUUCCAAGAGAGUUUAUCUCAAAAGAAAGAAGCCGCAGACACUGGGUUGCUGAUUCUCUCCACACUUCUCUGGUACCCAUUGACCCAUCUCAUGACGUAAUUCAGUUCAGAGACGUGGCAAUUAGGGAUGGUAAUGGCUACUUCAUUCUUCAUAUUUUGUCGAUCAUAUCUGAAGAUGGAAGAGAGUUGGUCAGCACAAGUUCCAAACGCAAGCACAUGAUCAGAGGCAUAAUAUACAGAGACGUAGAAAGCAACAAGUAUAGAUUUGUGAGUACUGUUUUUGUCUCCCGAUGGAUACCAGUCAGCCACGUUGUUAUGGAAGUCGUGCUCGAGAACGGCAGUGAUGACCGAGCCCACUUAUCUGAACGCAGCCAACUUGACCUGGAAUCGAUUCUUGCAAAUGAUGAGUGUAGCGAGGUAGGAUUAGAGGAGAUUCCCGAUGAUGCGGACGUCAACAAAUUUUAUGAAGUUGAAGAAAUCAUUGAUGUUCGUCUAAAUCGGCAGUAUCACUCUGAGGAGUACAAAGUGCGUUUUCGUGGUUAUGGUUCUGAACAUGACAUGUGGAUUCCUAGUUCUGCUUUCCGAGAACCCGUUCAAUUCCAAACUGUCUCAAAGAGAGGAAGAGUUCGUAAACACAAAACCAAAGAUGAAUGUGAAGUCGAGGUUCAGCAGAGGAAACGGCCGAAGCAAUCAAAUGUAGUGAAAGCAAGUGCUUCUAAAGCAAGUGUUGGAAAGUCUUCUCGAACUACCAAGAGAAAGACAAAAUCGUCCACCAAAAAUGACGGUAAAAAAUUCAGAAAAACCCUCCAGAACCUUUGUCAGAGUGGUAGUGACAGUGGAAGUGACCUGGAAGAAUCGCCAUCAUACGUUCAUCGCAAACGAAAGGCUGGAAAUGAAACCUCUCUCCAGCUGAAAUUUGGAAAGACGCAACAGUUAAAUGACAAAAUAGGAGUAGAUGGAGAUUGCGAAUUAGAUGACGGGCAACGAAAGAAGAAAGUUAGAAGGAAAGAAGAAAGAAAGAAUUCAAAAGAAAGUGUAAAUUUCAUGGUAGAAAAAGAGAACAAAUCAGCUAGGGAUGUUCGUGGAGAUAAGGUUGAGUCAUCAGCAAGUAGCAGUCGCGGGUUUUGGGAUGUAAAGGGAAAAGGAGAUGAAGGCCCAUUUCAGGUGUGUACUGGAUCAUUCCACCAGUCCUGGCAUGAAGACUUCCAGUGUCCUGGGCAGCAAUGCUCAUCAAUAGCGCUUACCUCCUUGUUGUAUGGUACUAUAAAACCCGUAGAGUUUUGGAGACCAAGUGACCUUGAUGAAGUCUUACUCACAGGUGAUAGGAUUCAUUUUAAUCAGUUGUGUUAUCUUGGAAAAUCCACUGGUGGUCCGCUCAAGCUCGCGCUUGAUGAACUUCCCAAGGACUUGCAGUGCUUUGAUUUUCAGUUUUUUACAGAGAGAGAAAUUCUAGGCGGGCCAAUUGAUAAAAUCGUCAAUUCCCCAGAUGACGAUGGAUUCGCCAGAUUAGAAGACAUCUUUGAAAAGUGUCAAAGAGAACGAGCUAUUGGCUUGUUGCUGCGAAUUUUAGACUUCACUAUUGCUUGUGCACAGAGUUAUGCUACAUGGUACGCAAUAGAUUCGCAUGCCAGAAAUUCCUGCGGGAUGGUGGAUGAAAAUGGUUCUUCCGUAGUGCUAAAAUUCAGCAAUUUUAAUGCUCUUCUUUAUCACCUAAGAUCUUUCGUGGAAACAACUACCUCUGAAAGGGACUUAAACAUUGACGAUUUGACUUUUGAAGCCCUUAUACUAAAUGUCAAUGAACGAAUACCCACCGAAAGUCAAGACGUCCUCAUCCUUCCUGUGUCAACUCUGUCAUCGUAUCAGAACAGAUUUGGAAAUAUCGAUAUACAGAGCUCAUUCACAGCAUGCCUCGAGAAAGGUCAAGAAAUAAAAGACAACGUCCUCGAUUUUUAUUUACUUCAUGCCGCGGAAAAUCGGCUACGAGACAAUUUGAAGGACUCUCUAUAUAUUUACAAUUCUUGCUUUUAUAUUAAAUUAACGCAGUUCAAUCCAAAGACGAUAUUCAAGUGGACAAAAAAUACUGACAUUUUCUCCAAGAAAUAUCUAGUGAUUCCCAUAUGCCGUGGUCACCAUUGGACUCUUGUAAUAGUCAGGACUCAUCCACACAUUUCCCUGAUGAUACUGGAUUCGCUUAACAAGGAACACAGAUCUGUUGAACUAAAGAUAACAAGGGACCUCCAAGACGUGUGGUCAGCAAAAUUACCACAACGUGCAAACAAAACGCUAGAGGUAAAACAGAUCAGGUAUCCAACGACUCCACCACAACCAAACAACACAGACUGUGGUUUGUACAUUAUGAAAUGUUUUGAAAAGUUCCUUGACUUUGUCAACAGAAACUUACAAUGGUCGUCAUGGAAUCCAGAAUUCUCCCAUAAUGAAGUAAUUUCCUUCCGCAAGGAAAUAAAGCACGCUAUUCUGGACGAAAUAUCUACUAAGAAAAACAACUGA